AUGGAACAAAUUCGAAGGAACGACGUUCAUAAUUGCUCAUCUGGAUGGAAACUUAUACUUCAAACCAGAGAUUUAGGGAUGUUGGUUUCGAUUAAGGAAGAAACCUUCAAACUUUACACUAGAAACUAUAAUGGUUUCUUAUGGUUUAUUACUGCAUUCAAUAUUUCAAUGGAUGACACUUAUGCUAUUGAGUAUUAUGCAGCUUAUCUUACAAUUCAAGGUCAAACAUCUCGUGUUGAAGCCUUGAGACCAUCCCUUCAAUUUUGGGCCAAUAUUGAGAGAAGAGUUUUUCCAAUUUCAUGGUCUUAUGAUAAGAUUAAAAGAGGAAUUAUUUUUAUUUGGUCCUUGAUUGAUAGAAAAGCUUUGAAACGUGAUCCAAUUUUCUAUCAUCAUAUUGAAGGUUUCAUUCAGAGAAAAGAUCAUUAUGAUCCUUUCAUUUUCAAACUCACUAGUGCCAUGUUAGUCAUUGGUUUCAGACUUUUCGCUAGACCAGGUGAAUUAGCUAGACUCAAGUGGUGUUAUGUUACAAAGCUUAGAAAUGGUAACAUCAAAUUAGAUCUCAGUGGUCACAAAACAGAUUUCUUUCUACUAGAAAAGCCGAUGACUAUUGACAAGCAUCUUGAAAAUCCUUUAGUGUGUCCAGUGAAAUUGCUUUUUGAUUACAUGUCUAAUUCUGAGCGAAUAUUUUUCCAUGCUCAAAAAAUUAUCACAAUGGCCCCAACACCAACUACACCAAAGAACAACAAGAAAACGAAAGACCUUAGCUCACCUUCUGCAGGUAGCGAGCAACGAGUCAUUGUUCUAACUCCUUCCACCUCAAAUUCUUCUGAUAGUUCUGCUAUGCCUUCACCUCCUCCUGUUCAAGACACAAAGAAGAACAAGAAGAACAAUCAACAAAAGAUAUCACCUGGCAAAGACUCAAACAACGCCAAGGUUGGUUCACAAGGUGCUUCUGCUCUCGCUUCUUCGAUGGAAUUGUUUGAGUCCAACCCAUCUGAAGAGGUUUCUGGUAAAAGAGCAAGAGUUGCUGAUGAACCAGAUGAUUGGUUUAAAAACCACGUCAUCGACUCUUACCAAAGAAUGUUUGGUGAGUCAUUGAAAGAAGAUUUGCCGUUGGAAGAAGCUGUUUCUCUUCUAUUCGAAACAGCCAAUGCUCCAUACGCUGACAACUUGGAAUUCAAGAAUAGAAUGGCUGCUCUUGAAUUGUUGUUCAGAAAAGAAGUAGACACUCCCAUUCCAGAUUCAUCUGGUAUAAAAGAUAUUAAAAGUAAAGGUUAUUCUUUACUUUUAACAAACUCUUUUAUCAUCUCUCAAAUCUGCAAGCGUUUGAGAGAGAGUGAUACCCUUGAUUUACCGCUUAUUCUUCAAGGAUUUGAAUUUAUUCAGAAUAUUUCUGAGUUAAAUCUAGUCUGUAUUCGAAUGGGCAUUAAAAAUGGCUUUGAAGCAGCUGAAAACUUCUCUAACAGCUACAAAUCAGGAGGUUCACUUGACCAAAUCACCUCCAAACAACAAGAGAAGGCGAUUAAAUCUGCUGAAAAAGUAAAAGCAGCAGAAACCAUUGAAAAAGUCAGCAAAUGGGCAAGCAGAACCCCUAAUUUUCACAAGCUGGUUACAACAACUACAACAACAACAACCACAACAACAACAACUUCAACCAAGGACAAGGUAAUAGUUACCAAUCCAACAAUCAAGGCUUCAGAAGAUUCAACAAUGCUCACCAAGCAAGUGGAACCGCUUCAAAUUCCUCCAACUCAAACAACAACAAUAAAUGAUGCCAACAUUCCUCUUGGUGGUCGUCUCUCUCGUUUUCACAGCCGAUGGCAAGAAUUCGGUGUUUCCAACACGAUUCACGAUUGGAUUCAAAACGGAAUUCCAAUAGAUUCCGAUUCAAAUCGUUGGAAAAAUUACCAUCAGAGGAAAUUCUCUACUACAGAGAAACAAUGGAUCCAAAAAGAGAUUGGUUCCAUGUUGAAAGAAGGA